CCCGAAAGCUGCGGUGACGAUGAAGCUCCGCUUUGUCGGUAUGAGCUCACCGUGUUUGUGGACUUUAACAGGACCUGCUGCCUUUUAGCUGCUCACAACACUGACACACCGGCCUGCUGUGGUUGACUGAGGCUGAUCUGAUGAGUCUUCAGUCCUCCCAGCAGAGCUGUGACCAAGCAUAGAAGAAGAAGCUGAUUAGGAGGAGGAGGAGGAAGAAGAGGAAGAUGGCACCAGUGUCAAACAGAGGAGUGCUGUCUCUGGAUGAGUGCCGUUGUCCGGUGUGUCUGGAGAUAUUCAUGGAGCCGGUGACACUGCCAUGCACACACACCUUCUGCAAGGGCUGUUUCCUGGAGUCGGUGGAUAAAGCCACGCUGUGCUGUCCGCUGUGCAGGAAGAGAGUUUCCACCUGGGCCCGACUGAACAGCAGGAACAACACGCUGGUCAACCAGCAGCUGUGGACGCAGAUCCAGACCUCCUUCCCUCUGCAGUGUCAGCGCCGCCUCAGCGGGCAGGACGUCGUCGCAGAGGACGACCCGGGAGUCUCGGUGUGUUUUCCCAGAGUCAGUCAACCAGGAGAGUUGAGGCAGGAAUACGAAGACCAGGUCACCAAACUGACGGAGGAGAAGCGAGCCCUCGACGAGGAGGAGAGGAGGGCCAGUGAGGAGUACAUCCAGAGGCUGCUGGCCGAGGAGGAGGAGUUGCUGCAGGAGGACAGGAGGAGGCGCGAAGAUGACGAGAGGCUCGCUAGACUGCUCAGCAACCAGCUGAACUCUGCCGCCGUCUCUCAGGAGAACCCUCGUUCUGUUGCCCUCACUCCAGCCAAGAAGAAGAAGGAAGUCGGCGCAGGACAGAUCGAGAAGUUCUUGUGUCCUCGUCUGUCUAAAACCAGCUCCCCAGGCUGUAGCUCCGCCUCCAGCUUUACAGCCAACAAGGAGAACAUCCUCCUGUCUCAGGUGAAGCUGCAGGACGAGCGUCCCCUCCCUCACCUGGAUUAUUAUGGUGACAGACCUGAGCCCCCAGAACUCCAUCCAUCUGCUCUGUCAUCCUCUGUGGAGGAUCUUCUUCACCCUGGGAGUCACCUGACCAGAGAUGGAGGACCUUCAUCCACCAAGAGGAAGAGCUCAGAGCUGGAUGUGACGGAGGAAGAGGAGGAGACAGUCACCAAACGAGUCUGGCGUUCCCUGCCCUCCUCCUCCUCCUCUUCUUCCACCACCACCACCUCCUCCUCCUCUCUGGAGGUGGGAGGGUCAGUCCUGCAGGGCAUCGCUGAGCGGGAGAUGGAACUACUGAGAAGACAGCAGCAGGAGGAGGAGGACCGGAGGCUGGCGCUGCUCCUGCAGAAGGAGCUGGACCAGGAGGAGAAGCAGAGGGCCACCGACAGACGCAAAGGAUCCUCGGACGCUUACCCCCUCCGCCAGAACUACGCAGGGAGAGAGCCCAGCAGCUCUGACACCCCCAGCAGACCCUCCAGUAAGACUACAAAGACCCCCACCCCCUCCUCUGCUUCAUCUGUAAAGACUACAAAGACCCCCACCCCCUCCUCUGCUUCAUCUGUAAAGACUACAAAGACCCCCACCCCCUCCUCCAGCAGAGGCAGCAAACAGGCCACUCUGACCGAGAUGUUCUCGAGCCUGAGCCGCUGAUCCCUCUGUCUCUGUCCCUCUCUCUCUCUCUCUCUCUCUCUGUCCCUCUCUCUCUCUCUCUCUCUCUCACUCUGUCUCUGUCCCUCUCUCUCUCUCUCUCUCUCUG